UCUGUCCCGCCACAGCCAGAGCGGGGAGGGAGAGGGAGGGGGGUGCGAGGGGGGCGGGGGAUUUACGCACGCCCUGAUCCUCUCCACGCAGGACCGGCGGAGCGCACAGACGCGCGGACACCUCUCGGAAAGUCGGAACUUUUCGCCAAAGGAUUCCACGUCAAAAAUUAAUCACCUUCAUGUCGACUCUGUUGGAUACUAACCCGCCGAUGCUAUGGUUACCUUUAUUACGUUGUGUUCUGGUUCCGUGCUGAAUCAGGUCUGAGACGGAGCCGCAGAGGGAGCCAGCGCGUGGGGCAUGAAGUGAAGCCGUGGGGCUGCGUGACGGGACAGCGCGCUUGGCGCAAACGCGCACCCCAGUGGGCGUCUUGGCAUUCGGUGGAUGCGUUCCCGCUGCAGCUGUUGCAGCUCAAGAUUGUGCGCAGAGCAUCUUGGCAUCUGGCAUGCAGGCACGUAAAUUGAAGAUCUUACAGGUGAAUCUAGUGAUGUCCAUCCUGCUCUAUGUGAUGGUCCUAGUAUACCUAUAUGGUAUCCAGGCAACCAACAUGGACAGCAGUCGGCAGGAACAGCAGCAGGCGAAUCCCGACCCUGUAAACUCUCUCAUCACUCAGCUGCUGCAGGCAGAUCUGACCAGAGGGAAGACCCGGGUCAACCAGAGCCAGCAGGACAAAAGCAGAGAUUUGCGAGACACUCUACCUCACCUGCAGGACGAUAACUUCCCCUCAGAGGAGCACCUCGAUGUGGAGACGUUGGAGAACGACGACCAGCUGGUGAUGCUGUUGAACUCAGAACUCCUCAGGAAGCACCGGCGGUACAGUUCGUCUCGGGUUCUGCUGAGUGAACACCCACCGCUGCACCCGCCGCCUCUGUACCCCUCGGAUGAUUUUGUGAGUGGGGUUAUGGACAGGAGUCCGGCAUCAAACAAGACGCGAAAGAAGCGCCAAGCUCAUAAGAGCUACAGUGCCGAGUUUUCUGUCUGUGACAGCAAAAGCGAGUGGGUGUGGAAUAAAACCAAAGCCGUGAACAUGAGAGGAGAACCUGUAACUGUUCUACGCACUUUUACAGGCACUAAAGGACAGGUUUUCAGUCAGUACUUUUAUGAGACGUACUGUAACCCUUCCAGGCACAGGGGGUGCAGAGGCAUUGAUUACAAGAACUGGAACUCACAGUGCAAGACCACACAGACGUUCGUCCGAGCAUUUACACAGACUGACAACAAACCCUCCUGGACUUGGAUACGCAUCAAUACUUCCUGUGUCUGUGCAUUGUCAAAGAAGCGUCGCAGGACGUAAUGGACCAGCACAAGUGACGAGGACUACCACUCUGUGGUUCUACUUCCUGUUAGAAAUUCCAUUUCCUGUUCUCUGUACAGGAUAAUGUGGUGAACAGCAACACUCUGCUGCUAAAGUAACCUUGGGUCCAUUUCAAAUUUAUUUUUAAAGGCUGUUGAGGAAGAACUUACCUGUGAGGGGCGGAGCAUGUGAGGGAGAAGUGUACAUAUAAAUUAUUUAAAUUAUAUGAAACGCAUGUAGUUUAUACAUGUUUAUCAAUCUAUAUAUGAUGUAUGAGUAUAUUUGUGUUAUUUAUUGAAAUAAUUUGUCUUCAAAAAGACGGAUGUUAGAAAAAGGAAUGAAACAAACUUAAUGAAACCGACUGUAAUACAAAGGUGCUUCACAGUUCAACUUUACAUGUGCCUUAAGAGGUAAGGUUGCAAAGCAGGAGUAUGGUAAGAAAAACUGUUGCCAUAAAUGUUUUGGUAGUGAACCUAAAAAGUGUUCCUUUCACCAACAUGAAGCCCAAAGCCCAAGCAUUAAGUAGACAUGGGACUUGAUUGAAAGUCGCCAGACUUGGACAACCAAAUGCAAAAAACUGUCUUGCUAUGCAAUUUCACUGUUUUCACAGCUGAUGACACCUUUAUCGUGUAACGCACAGAGUCGCCUCCCUCUUUGGGAGACAGGUUUGACCAAAAGAUCCAAAUUCCUCUUCUGGAGUUUUUUGCUGGUGACUGGUGGAUUUCAGGAAAAUGCAAUGCUUUGAUUAUUCCAUUCAUCACCUGGAUUUGUCCUAUUACUUUCACCUAAUGUCAUGAGAUAUUUUUGUUUCUUCCUUCUAAUAAAAAUCUAUAUUUCAUAAUUUUAUCUAGUUCUAUUUUAAAUUUUAAUGGUGUUGCGCAUUAGUUGCCAUUUAAAAUCCAUCCCAAAGACUAAAGAAAUGGAACCCAUAGGCUAUGUCCGAGUUCCCUCCCUACU